CGUGAAAGCGGAUUGUUCUUAAUUUGCUUUUUACUCAAAUCGAAGUUAAACUAACAUAGUUUUUGGGACGCCAACUCCCCCAGGCCAUGGCCCCUGCGAUGAAGAUUGUUUUCGGAUUGUUAACAUUUGUCACUGUUGGAAUGAUAAUCGGGGCUUUGUUUCAGCUAGCAUUCAUUCGCGGAUUAGAAGAUUCUUACGGUGAUGAGUUUCCAUCUACAAAAUUGCAUAGAAGUCGGAGUGAUGGAUAUCUUAAGUUGCCAAGAGGUAUGAGUCAUUGGCACGGCAACAAAGAAGCAGAAAUUUUGCGUCUUGGAUUUGUCAAACCUGAAAUAAUUAGCUGGGCACCUCGAAUUAUUGUACUUCAUAGUUUCCUGAGCAACGAGGAAUGUGACUACCUUAGAGCCAUUGCCCGCCCUCGACUUCAAGUUUCCACCGUGGUAGAUGCAACAACUGGGAAGGGAAUUAAGCGUAAUGUCAGGACAAGCUCUGGCAUGUUCCUUAGUCCAACAGAGAGAAAGUAUCCAAUGAUACAGGCAAUUGAAAAGCGGAUUUCUGUCUUUUCUCAAAUACCAGCUGAAAAUGGGGAGCUUAUCCAAGUUUUAAGGUAUGAAAAGGAUCAGUUUUACAAGCCCCACCAUGAUUACUUUUCCGAUACUUUUAACUUGAAGCGCGGUGGUCAAAGAAUAUCAACUAUGCUGAUGUAUCUAAGUGAUGGUGUUGAAGGGGGAGAAACAUAUUUCCCUAUGGCUGGUACGGGUGAUUGUAACUGUGGUGGGAAGAUUGUGAAGGGGAUGUCUGUAAAACCAAUCAAAGGAGAUGCAGUGCUUUUCUGGAGCAUGGGGCUAGACGGACAGUCGGAUCCAAAUAGCAUACAUGGCGGAUGUGAAGUUUUAUCAGGAGAGAAAUGGUCUGCAACCAAAUGGAUGAGGCAAAAGCCUACUUUCUGAUGCUAAUAUAUAUAGGGAUAGGGGGAAUGAUACUAUUUC